AUGUCGAAGACAUGCUUCGGGGAAGCUUCUAGCCGGGUAACCGGUGGUGGCUGUACCCCCCUCCCCCCACCCGUGGGAGUCGACGUGCUGGAUCGCGCUCGCCGCUUAACCGCAAACGAUAGUUGGGUCACGGUGGGCAAGAGGCUUCAAGAAGACCCAUCCCCAUUGAACAAGCGGUGCCGUAUCUACUCAUUACGCAAAUCCAACGCAAAUCUCGACCUCGAACCUCAAAUUAAGAAGCGCUUGCAGUAUAAUGUUUACACUGCGAUCCUGAACAUUUACGUUGACUUGGAUAUCUACAGGUUCCAGGUACACCUGUAUCGUCGUUUGACUUCAUUCACACUGAUGCUUUCCAACGCUGAUCUGAGGAGGUACCUCCUCCGAACUGUGCUAGUGUGCUCGUUCAUAUCCAUACCAGCGACCAUCGUCGUGUUUGUGAAUGGUCUCUCACUUAUCACCCUCGCGUGGGUGGUUGUCGUUUGCGGUAUCACCAUCCAUCACACGACAACUGCAGGAAUGAAACUCCGGAAGCCAUUCAACGUGUUUUCUGAAUGUGAUCCUCUACCACAAGACUGGGCGCCUUAUGAAGUUGUGUUCGGAAAAGCUAUCUGGGAGCCUGCCUUAGCGGGAGAAGCAAAAGGCAUCAUAGCUUUCCGGUUCCUUCUCGCCAUUCCGUUGCUGCUGGCACUUCUUUUAUUUUCAGCUAUCUCAAUAAUUAUAGAGCCCAUCCACGAAAUUGGACUGGUGCCACACAAGGAUUAUCGUGCCCCAGAGCUAUUGUAUGAUUUCAAUAUGGAACCCCCCGUUUGGAGUAUCGUAGCGUUCAUCGACAUGCGUUUACCCAUUGCUAGUGAUCCUGAAGUAUCACUGUUAAACCUCUCUGGGACGAUUCAGACUGCUAUCACUGUUAAACCUCUCUGGGACGAUUCAGAUGUCAAAAACAAGCCUGAUUGCGUCCACCUGGAUGGUAAUCUGACGAUCGGGGGUAAAUCGCAAAAUGUACAGUCUGAUCCGUAUAUCCAAACCAUUACCAUAUUUUGUCCGAGCCGCCGGGAGGGAUUGACUGCUCGGGAAAUAAUGUCAGCCCCCUCGCCGGACGUCUCCCCUGAUUUACUCGUCACCGUAAAUUUCACAACACUACAGAUGUACGACGACUCAUUGGUUGAUGCGAGGAACCGCACCGUAUCGAUUCUGGUGGGUCUAACAAACAACACCAAUGACGUUGUCUCCAACACAAUACCAACCCCUCUAUUCCCCGGCCUUAACCUUGCUGGGAAUGUCUCUC